GUGGAAAAGUAGACCAGGGGAGUAGAGGCUUCUGUGUCGGAUUCUGAGCUUGGAUCCAAGGUCCAGCCAGCACACAGGGUCAAAAUGAGACAUCUGCUCUGGUAUUGCCAGCUUAUUUUGGCAUUUCUUUUGAUCUACACGGCAAAUGCAAAGAAGAAUGGUGUUUCCUACAGAGUGACACAUUUUGGCACAGACUGCACACAGAUUAAGGCUUUCUCACCUCGGGCAACCAGUGGUGUUUAUGUGAUCCAACCUGUCAGAGGGAAGACGCCAUUUAAGGUGUUCUGUGAGAUGCGGUCUGACGGAGGCUGGACGGUGUUUCAGAGACGCACAAGCGGAAAGCUUUCCUUCCACAGGAAAUGGGCAGCAUACAGUAAGGGCUUUGGAAACGAGAGACAUGACCACUGGCUCGGUUUAAAAAAGGUUGCCCUUCUGACAAGGACCAAAAACAAGAAGUGGACUUUGCGAGUUGACCUGUGGGACCAUGACAAUAGAACUGCUUUUGCAGAGUACAAAAACUUUCACCUAGGCAACCAGAGGGACCAAUACAAACUGCAUGUGGGGAGAUACAGUGGAACAGCAGGCGACGCCCUCCGUGACCAGAACAAUUACGGCUUUAGCACCAUCGACCGUGACAAUGACGGUUGUUCUCCAUGCAUCUUUGGAGACAUCGCUCAGAAGGAGUGUACAUUUUCAGAUGGUGGUGGUUGGUGGUACAGCAGCUGUGGCUCCGCCUCUCUGAAUGGUGACUGGCAUCGUGCUGGGGACCACAUCGGUUGGGCGUCAGGCCUCCACUGGAAAACCUGGAAAAAGCCCAAUCCUUACUCCAUGAGGGCUACCAGGAUGAUGAUGAAGUCUGCAUAAGAGGGCCCACGAUUUUUCAUGCUGGCUAUAAUUGUAACAAAGCAAGACCGGUGUGAGAUUCUAUUGUAUUACAAAACUGCAUUUAGGAAUUGAGUAUAACUCAGUUUUACAUCUAAUACAAUACCAGUUGAGAGAUUUAUAUUACAAGAGCAAUAUUCUUUACCAAGAUUUUAGUUAUUACCGAGGUACUUCUUUCAGAAAUCACUAAAAAUGAUGGAUAUCCAUAAUUCAGUAAACAAAUGUUCGUACAAUCCUUACAUUUUCAAAUAUGUGGGCGUUUAAU